AUGGACCGCAUUUUUGUAAAGAUUUUGCAGCCUACUGAUGAAAAGUGCUGUAUAAAAGCUGGCCUUUACACUGAUGGUCCUCUGUCACCCAGCCGUAGUGUGGCACUGAGAACUGGGAGGAAGGGGUUUAACGUUCAAGCAUGGAGAGUAUUACAGAUGGGAGGCUCUGAGCUGGACGCAGUUGAAAAAGGUUGUGGUCAGUGUGAGAUUGACCAAUGUGAUGGGAGUGUGGGAUACGGAGGAAGCCCAGAUGAAAGCGGAGAAACAACACUGGAUGCAAUGAUUAUGGAUGGGAACACUAUGGAAGUUGGGGCAGUUGCGGAUCUGAGACAUGUGAAAAAUGCAAUUGGUGUAGCGCGAAAAGUCAUUGAACACACAAAGCAUACGUUAUUAGUGGGAGAGUCAGCCUCCCUGUUUGCUGUAAGGAUGGGGUUUCCAUAUGAAGAGUUAACUACCCAAAAAUCUCUUUCGGUCUAUUCGAGGUGGCUUAAUCAGAGCUGUCAGCCAAACUACUGGAAGAAUGUAGUACCAGACUCUUCAAAAUCCUGUGGACCAUACAAAAAGGCUGAAAAAGUAAUCUGUGAAGAGGAUUGGACCAUCUCCCAAAGAAGAAUAAGUGUUCAUAAUCACGAUACUAUUGGUAUGAUUGUAAUUGGUGAGAGCGGAACCAUUGCUUCCGGGACAUCUACUAAUGGUGCAGUCCACAAAAUUCCGGGCCGUGUAGGAGACUCUCCAAUAGCUGGAGCAGGAGCUUACGCUGAUAGUACAGCUGGAGGAGCUGCGGCCACUGGGGAUGGUGACAUCAUGAUGCGCUUCUUACCCAGCUAUCAAGCGGUGGAGUAUAUGAGGAUGGGAACAGACCCAACAGUAGCCUGUCAGAAAGUUAUUUCUAGAAUCCAGAAGUAUGCACCAAAGUUCUUUGGCGGUGUUAUAUGUGCCAAUGCAACUGGAAGUUAUGGUGCUGCUUGUAAUAAAAUUCCAGGAUUCACUCAAUUUCACUUCAUGGUAUAUAGCCCUUUGCUAAGUCGGGCAACUGAGCAAGUAGUAGAUUGCAUUUAAUUGCUUUUGUACUAAUAACAUCUAAAUUUAGAGGGGGAAAGGGGUAGAGAUGUUCCUCGGGCGUUAUUUUGCAAAAUGCUUGUUCAUUUUUACUGUUCUAUAAUCCUUUGAGCAAGUACAAAGAUAUGUUGAAGAUGCACCUAUUACUUUACUGUUUUUAGUAUGUUCUACUUUGUAAUUACCUUGUAUGGUGCCAGUAAACUUAAUCGUUAGGUGCUUAAUCUAAUUAGUUUGUAAAAUUGCUUCUAAAUGAUUGUAGAUUUUAAUCUAGAGUGAUAUUUAAGAAAUUGACUCUGUAGAGUUUUAGGGAAGUGAAUAUAUCUGCACAAUUAGAGUGCUUACACUUUUACGAUUAGCAUAGGGAAUUCAUCUCUGCUUAAAAGUCAACAUCUAAGUGAAAUGACCGAAAUUGAUGUGCCUUGCUGUUGCAAAUGCUUGAGGUCACUUAAGUCAGGAAUUCAGUAGACAUUGCCUUGCAUCCCAACUCAGUUCUUAAACUUGUGCAAACCUGAGAAUCAAACUGUGCUUCUAAAUACGGCAAAAAGUUCUCUGUAUGUUUACUUCUGAGUAAUUCCAUGUUUCACCUGUGUUUUUUUGUUGUUGUUGAAAGCAUAACUAUGGUUGCUGGAAAAACCGUUUCACAGGAAGUUCAUAAAGUGGACAGAUUUUCAUGUGCAUGCAAAGGCUGUGUCAAAUAGCCCUUCUAAUCUGUUUGUUUUCAUAAGAGCUAAGUAGCCGAAAGUGAUGCAUAGUAACCAUUGAACUGGACCUUCACUUUGCCAUUUAAAAUCAAAUCUUUAGCAGAAAUCUGGAAUGAGAGGGAAGAAGAAAGGGGAAUUUAUUUUGAGAAUUGUUAACAAUCUUUAUAAGAUUUAGUCCAGGAUUCUUUUCCUUUGAAAAGAAAAUUGCAUGGAAAUGCUGGCAAGCAAAGAAAGGGGA